AUGAGCGAAUUGCAGAUCAAAGACGAGACUGAGUUGCAGCCAGAGCAGCCCCAGGAAGGACCAGUCGAAGUCUCCGGCUCAAUUCCGAUCAAGCCUGAUGCCACAGAUCUGGAGGAAGGCAAAGCGACGAAUGAUAUGGACCUUAAGGCACCGCAAGAUUCACUCCAGGUAGAUAUGCAGGAUGCGUCGGCCUCUAAACAUGACAGUAGCAGGCUUGGUGAACCGACCCAGCCUCCAGCUCCAGACAAUCGCUCCAUAUUUGAAAAGCUUUUCGAGGAGCAAGAGCGAAAGAAGGGUGCUGGCUUUGGGCAGCAAUACUCCAAACUAAAAAUUGCCGAGAAGGCAGCGAAAAGAGGAGAGCCAAGCGCCGUGAAUCAACGUGAUGAGCCGGAGAUGGACCAUCAAGAUGGUCUGAACUCCAGACAUGACCAAUCAAUCUUCCGCCAGCUUUUCCCAGAACAGGCGGAAUCAGAGACGGCAAACAUUGAACAAGAGUUGCCUCGCGCCACGCAUGAGUUACUACACCCGCCUGAGGAUUCUGUCAUGGUCUCCUUGCGGAAUCAAGUCCGCAACUGGAUGUCGGAAGAAGGGCAGGACCAAUCAAGCGGGCCCAAACCUGGAGAAUACGGAUCCCACUCGACGGUGGUGGUGAUUUCCGGGACGAGCCCGUCGCUCAUGGAUACAGACUUCUAUCGCGUCGCACCCGAGGGCCAACACGUGGAAGGCUGGGCCGGCGGCCUGGUCAAGGUCAUCCAGGCCCACGACUCCAUCAGCUACGAGCCCUUGGGCCAGUAUUACCUCAUGUUCCACACCCGACCGUCCGCACUAGCCUACGUGAACGAGGUCUGGCGUCUCCACGAGCUGAGCCGCAAGAUGCUCCACGCCCCGGCCGACUCGGGCCGGGAGGUCGCCAAGGGCUCCCUGGACCAGGCGCCCGCGUCGCCCCAGCCCUUCCUGACCGACGAGGAGAGGGCGGCCGUCCGGUCCUUCACGCUCUGCUCGCCGCACAUCACGCCGUCCAUCAGCGUGCGCAUGUGGAACACGCAGCUGGUCCGCGAGCUCGCGGCCAAGUCCAACAUCGCGGACGUCCUCCCGACGCUGCGGCCCGAGGGGAGCACGCCGGCGCGGGUGCUGCUGAAGCUGACGUCGCCAGACGGGCAGCACGGCGAGGGCCAGGGCGGCCUGACGGCCGACGAGCUGUGGCUGACGCUCAGGGACGACGGGCGCGAGCGCAGCGCCCCCUGGAUGCUUGCCAACCUGUCCGAGGGCAUCAUGCCCGUGAAGCCAAAGUUCAUCUCGGAGCACUACAAGAUCACCGUCAAGGCGGAGCCCGUGCCCGUGGCCCUGGAGCUGGACGACGGCGACAUCGACGGCUUGCACGAGGAGCUCGCCGGGGCCCCUCUCGCCGCGCCGCCGCCCCGCAAGGACGGCAGUGGUGAUGCGGGCGUGGACCGGAACGAGCGCUUCAGGCGGUUCGUCCUGACCUUCACGCAGCCUGCCAUCGCGAGGCGGUUCGUCAGGUGCUGGCACAAGCGGGUUGUGUACGAUGCGCUGCUUGACAGGAGCGUUGUAGUUGAUGCUGUGGCGAUCAUGUGA